AUGGCCGCCGACGCUGCUUUGGAAAGCGUGAGAUCGCUGAUAUGUGCGCUCGACAUCAUCUUCGCCGUCAUCUCGCUCUCCAGCCUGUACGUGCCCUUAUUCUGGAGAUCCUGGACGUAUGAGAAGGGAAGCAUCAUCCGCCGCGAUCUCUGGAUAGCUCGCUUCGUCGUCCUCUCCGCCCCGUACCGCCUCAUCGGAUCGAUCUUCUCCAUCGCCAGCCUCACCCGAAAUUCGCAACGACAGACCCUGAUCCUGAAAACGAUCCAGGCCGUCACCGCCACGCCUCUCGAAGUCAGGCUUUACAAGCUCGCCAGGAAAACAUGGAAAAAGGCCGUGAAGAAGCAGGAUGGGGGGGAGAGCCCGGCACCCGAGCCAGCAAUAGGACUGCAGCCCGCGGUACCAAAGAGCCGGGAGGUGCUGGUUGCGACGAACGCGCACAGGAAUGACUACGAGCGCGAGAAGUUCGGAUUUUGGAAGGCCUGCCUCUUCCACUUCAAAUGGGUCAUUCCUGAGGGGAUCAUGCUUGUCGGCCUCGUGAUUAGCUCGAUAUCCCUGGGCGAGGGCCCGAGGUAUCGCCUUGUGCCUGCGGUUUUCACGUGGAUCUUGCCGUUGGUGGCGGUCAUUCUCAGCCAGAUAUGGAGGCACUACCGGCACACUGAGACUCAGCGUGUGCGGGAGUUCGCUGGGUUCACGAAGCCGUGGGCGGUUGGGACCAUGGUGGGAUAUCUCAUAUUCCUCGUCGUCUUUUUCGUCGACUUAGAGGAGAGGAAGAAAUAUAUUAGUGACUGGACGGAGACUACCCUGGUCUGGCCGCAGAUCCUACAUGCAGUUUCAAGCAGUGGAAUUAACUCCAAGGCCUUCAUCGUGGAGGUUGGGGUCAGCUCCGCCCUGGAAGAGUUUCUGUACGGCUAA